CUCUGCUCAUUUUAUUGGUAGUAAACAUUAAGAAUGUAUAAAUGCACAACACAUAGGACAUUUGGCCAACUCCAGUUGUGGCCACGCUGGUAUGCAAAGGCGGUGGAGAAUGAACCGAAAAAGAGUCAAACUGUCGGUCUUGCGCAACGGCCGGACCCAGAAUCUGUCGGAUGCGACUACAUAGGACCGCCAGAUCCAGAUUCUAAUCUGCGCCCCUAUGUACGCCACUAUAACAAUCGAGAAACGCCUCUGGCCAAGAAAUUACGAUUGCGUCGCAUUGAAAUCGACGCAUGGAACAACGAUUUCUGGACAAAACACAACAAACGUUUCUAUCAGGAGAAGGAAGAUUUCAUUCAAUUGCACAAAAAUGCCGGUACUGCUUCACAGGACAUUACCGCUGACAGCAUGAGCGUAUUUUACAAAUCGUUCCUGGACAAAAACAGGCGUAUGCAUAUCAUGUACAAUAUAUCGUGGUAUCUAAAAAAUGUGGAACUUCUGGUGCUGGCAUUUCAAGUUUUUCUUCAGAAAUUGUUGCGUCGAGAAAAGAAACCCACACAAUAAUAAUAAACAACAACACAGCUUCAAAUAAUGUACAGAAAUUGUUGACUUUUAGUUAAAUUUUCUCUAGGCCUCGUGAAAAUGUGCAAAAAAUGAAUGCAACACAAAUAUACAAUAUGCAAACGAACUAUAAUGCUUACAAAUUUUUGCUUAAAAUUUACUUAAUAGUUAAGCGGCAUUAAUUAAAUAUGUGUUUUGGGUGUGUAUAAUGUGUGAUCAUUAGAUUUUGAUGUGUAUUACAUCAGAGCAGACGACAAGUAAAAUAAAAAAUUAUAAUAAAAAUACCAA